AUGGCUGCCUCUUCUUGUUCCCCCUCUUCUUCUGCAGUCACGAUCCCGAUACCUGGGAAAUCCAUUCUCAAACGUCCACCACCAACCCAGACCGGUUUUUUGACACGCAUCAAGGGCUUUUUACCAAACCAGUCGCCUAUAAACGAUGACAGCAAACCUCUCAAGCGCGCACACUUCAUCCUGCCUCAGAUUGCUACAGUAUAUCCCAUAUCAUCCAUAAACCCUCCAUCUACACCAACUCUUAAGGAUGAGAAAAAGGCAAUCGAAGAUCGGGAGGCUGAGAGGAGGAAGCGGAUUGUUAGAGGAAAUUCCAUCGGACCCAAUGAGACUGAAGAGUGGUGGAAUCUCGACAAGGUGGAAUCGUUCUAUAGGGAGUGCUGUGCUUCGAGGGAGGAGGAACCUGACCCAGCUAUUUCUGCAGCACUCAAGCGUGCAGCGGGCUCCAAGCCUCGAUCAGUUGACCUCUCUGGCGUGCAGCUCACUUUAACUUCUGCAGCCAUCCUGUCCGAUGUCUUCGCUAUAGAAUGGGGCUUGCGAAAGCUUAUCCUGAAGGAAUGUAAUUUAGAUGAGCAUAUGCUCAAGCUCAUGCUUCAUGCAGUUCUCAUCCCAGCAACUCUCUCCUAUCUUUCGGUAGCCUCUAAUAAACGUCUGAAAGCACCAGCCUUCAGGAUCAUUGGUGCUUAUGUUUCCAAGGCUAAAAGCUUGCAGUUCUUGGACCUCUCGCAAAACGUACUGGAUAAGAAAUCAGUUGAGUACGUGACCGCGUCUCUGACUACUGCCCCGGACCCUGGACUAGUUUCGCUCCGCCUCGAUGAUUGCUCAUUACGACCUGCCGCGCUCGAGGCACUAGCACGUUCAGUGAGGACAUCGUCUCUCCGGAACAUAUCGCUCAGGCACAACAAAAUCAACGUGACUGGAGCGGUCGCACUUGCUAUCAUGAUCAGAGACUAUCCAGAUACCGUUCCCACGACGCCUGCGACGCCAACUUUCCCUUUAUCCGGAGUUUCGUCCAACUUUUCUUCUCCCCCACCAUCACCGAUGUCUCCGACCCGAAAUCUGAUGCCACCUAUACUCUCUCCAGCAGCCCGUACACUUCCACCCCCACGGCAUCCAGCUUCCACAAGCCCACAAACGACGUACACACCAUAUAUACCCCGACGUCGCGGUGGAGCUGUGAAUGUGGGACCAAACCCACUUUCGGCAUCCGGGCAACCUGUGCCAAUUAUCACGUCGAACUCGCAAGGAGGAGUGACGACACGCCAUCCUGUAAACCAUGGUGUGGAUGGGAAUCUACACGGAGCUGGAGCUCGACACGAUCAUGGCCCCAGCGCUGCGUUGUUAGAUAAAGUGCGUGCACUUGAUAACCUACCUCGACUAGGUGCGCUGCGGACGUUAGACUUGAGAGGAAACGAUCUUCGAGGUGGAAUCUCCUACAUAGCUCAAGUGCUUAAACGUAACAGGACUCUGAAAGUGCUGAAUUUGAGUGAGAAUAAGCUGGAUGUUCAGUGUCUGAUUUGUAUUGCCGAAGCGCUGAAAUAUAACCUUUCGCUUGAAACCUUGGAUCUAAGCCGGAACCCAUGCUCAGGUCCUGCGCUGGAAGGGAUACAAUCACUAAGGACUGCAUUCACGUUGAAUACGGCGUUGAAACGAUUAUUCCUUGCUUCCACUCAGCUGACUUCUCCAGGUGCUAUCGCUCUCGCCGAAUUCCUACCAGAGUCAAUGUCCCUCCUUCACCUUGAUCUAACGGUCAAUAAUCUCGACAUCGCUGGCGUAAUGGCUCUUAGCUCCGGUCUCAAGGCCAAUCACGUGAUGCGGUGUCUUGAUCUUAAUAUUCCUCCAGGAGACGAGGAGUUUGCAAGGAUGUGUCGUGAUAUCUUGAACUCUUGUGUACGUAACACAGAGGACGCAGAAAGGAAUGUCCAUGCUCCUCAUGGUUCUAGCCCUAGCCCCAGCGGACGGGGACUGGGGAAAGGCGUAUGGGGAAUGAUAGAGGAGAGCGAGCUCGCAAAAUCCAUCCGCCAAGGCGAUGGGACGAAGGGCGAACCUGAUGUUUCUUUACGUGCACAAGCCAUUCUAGACGAGCUAAAGACUUUACUAUCUCAGUCUAAGUCGAGCUCUGCAGCCUCGUCUGGUUUAUCAACGCCAACGACUACCGAAGAACCUCAUGCAGAAAUUACAGCCAGAGCUAGAGCUGUUGUAGCAGAAAUGUCAUCUCAAGUGCAAACGAUAACGGAUGGUGUUCGUCUCGAAGAGAUGCUAGGCCUUUGUGACAGUAUCAACACAUCUCUCACUCAGCUAACAUCGCCGCCGAAGUCGCUUUUGCGAGGCUUGGGGUUACUUUCUGUCGAUACCAAUGGUCAUGCGGUUAAUGGGGAGGCUAAGAAUGCUGAUGCCUUGCAUGAUAGCCCAGUGGAGCAGACACAUGAUAUAAACGCCGAGCCUUUGACACCGAGAGUAGAUAAAGGUAAGGCGCGAGCAGAGCCUGAACCUGAAGAACCCGAGAAAGUGUUGAGUCCCACUUUCAUGAUAUCUGAGGAGGAUGAAGAUGAUGAAGACGGCCACAGAUUUCUCGAAGAGCUCGGAAAUAUUGGCAUGCCAUCUCCCACUGAUAGGUCAAGAAGCUGGGUGGAAGAGGAAGGCGAAGUUUUCCGUAGAGGAAAUGUACUCCUUGGUCCCGAAGAAAUGGAAGGAGAAUUUGCUGGAGACGAGUUACGACGGGAGCUCCUUGAUGCCAUGGUUGAACGCCCUCCACCGCGCGGCUUCAUUGAUGAAUUUGGGGCAGAAAUUCCUAGUAUUAUUCCUCCCGGUGAAGAAGUCACAUCGGCUUCUCCUCCGCCGGAAGAACCAACGAAGCCUCCUCCUCGCCCCUAUAUCUCCCGUUCGCGGUCUUCAUCGGCCAUGGGACAGACAGGUGACUUGCAGUCACCCUCCACGCUUCUAUCCCCCGUCUCCGCGAGCAAGAGUCCAACCUCGCCUUUGUCUCCUACCACGAGACCAUUCCCACCGAGAAGCUGAACAUUUCCUUCUACCAAGGAUGAGGCCCUUUGAUCGUUUAGACUCGGAACCCUGUCAUAAGCAAAUUCUUGCUUUACAUCGCUACUAAAUGCAUAUGGACGUGAGCACGCAGGAGGGUCAUGCCGGUGGGGAUGGCUUUUCCAUGGUCUUUUGGUUUGAUUAGUUGCCAUCGUGCCUAACAUUUCUUCUUGUGCGUCAUGGUGUACUUUACUUAGAGCUUGUGCCCUGAUAAUAUUACUGCAAAUACUGCCUCACUUGAGGUAUUUCAACA